AUGGAUAUUUUGUGGCAAUACCAGUUUAGGAUCAUUCUGCUUGGGGAUUCCACUGUGGGCAAGUCGUCGCUGCUCAAACGCUUCACGGACGGUAUUUACAGUGAUGUAGCAGAUCCCACGGUCGGCGUAGAUUUUUAUGCCCGAUCGCUCGAUAUCGAACCCGGGGUAAAGAUAAAGCUCCAGUUGUGGGAUACGGCCGGACAGGAGCGAUUCAGAUCCAUCACUACCUCCUACUACCGAAACUCUGUGGGUGGUCUGCUGGUGUUCGACCUGACCAAUCGCAAGACCUUCGAGCACGUGAGGGACUGGCACAAGGAAGUAAGUGAGCACAUCCUGCCCCAUCACAUGGUCUACAUCCUCAUCGGCCACAAGAGUGACCUUAACAAAGAGCGUAAAGUUACCCGCGAUGAGGCAGAGCAGCUGGCCGCAGACCUGGGCAUCCGUUACGUGGAGACCUCCGCCAAGUGCAACAGCAAUGUGGACCGCGCCUUUGAACUGCUCACCAGGGACAUCUACGAGCUCAUGAAGAUGGGAGAGAUCACCACCAGAGACGGAUGGGACGGGGUCAAGAGUGGUCUGACCGCUAAGGUGCUCUACCCGGCUGAUGAAGAGGAGGAGCUAGCUAGAGCAGCCCCAGAGAAAGGCUGCCAGUGCUGA